CCUCUCCUGCCAAUCUUGCAAUUUGAACGCGAGAGAGAGAGAGAGAGAGAGAGAGAGAGAGAGAGAGAGAGAGAGAGAGAGAGAGAGACGGCCCAGUUCUUGAAUCCAGGGAGAGGAUUCGAGGAAGGAGCUGCCUCUCGUGCCCCGCCGGCCGCCGAUGGGCCGGAGCCUGAGCCCGCUGCUCCGGCAGGAGCUGGACAACCUCGACAAGGACGCCGACAGCCGCCGCGCCGCCAUGAAGGCGCUCAAGUCCUACGCCAGGCACCUCGACUCCAAGUCCAUCCCGCACUUCCUCGCCGAGGUCUCCGACACCGCGGCCGCGGGCGGCGGCGCCGCCGCCGCGGGCCUCCCCGCCGGCGAGUUCACCAUCUCGCUCUACGAGGUCCUGGCCCGGGUGCACGGCCGCAACAUCGUGCCGCAGAUCGGCAACAUCAUGGCCACCAUCAUGUGCACGCUCUCCUCCAGCGGGGGCUCCUUCCCGCUCCACCAGGCGUGCUCCAAGGUGGUCCCCGCCAUCGCGCGGUACGGCAUCGACCCCGUCGCGCCCGAAGCGGAGAAGGCCGGCAUCAUCGCCUCCCUCUGCAAGCCGCUCUGCGGCGCGCUGAUGGGGAGCCAGGACGGCGCGGCGUCGGGCGCGGCGCUCUGCCUCAAGGCGCUUGUCGAGUCCAGCAACUGGAGGUACGCGUCCGGCGAGAUGGUGAACGAGGUCUGCCUGAAGGUGGCCGGGGCGAUGCACGACAAGGCGACGCGGUCCAAUGCGCACAUGGGCCUCGCGAUGGCGCUGGUGAAGCACAAUGGCCUGAUUGCGGAAGCGUACGCGAGGUCCAUUGUGCGGUCCGGGCUGCAGAUUCUUGAUGGGGAUACAGCGGAGAGCAGCUCACAGAAGCGCCUCUCGGCGAUCCAGAUGAUCAAUUUCUUCAUGAAGUUUGUUGAUCCUAGGUGCUUAUCUUCAGAGCUUGGCAAGGUGAUUGAUGUCAUGGAGCAAUGCCAGAAUGACCGCAUGCCAUUUGUCCGUGGUGCUGCGUUUGAGGCAUCUCAGAGUGCGAAGAGCAUCGCUGCACAGAAGGGGUCAAGGCAUGAGGUUGGCACAAGCCCAAUGAUUGGCUCCAACUUUCACAAGAGAAGAGCGAAGAGCCCUUGCAGGAGCCUCUGGAGUGCCAAGGGCAGCCCUGCAAGCUCCAUAGUGGCUGCUUCACCAGUUCAGUUCCGAUCCCCUGAAUCGCAUGUUGUGGAUUCAUCCAUCAUGAAUGGCAGUACGAUCACUGAAUCGCCAGUCUCGGUGGGGCAGUCCUCUUGCAACUUUGAUCAGAGUCGGCGCACGAACAGGAGGUUGUGGAACAAUGAUGGUGUGGAUGUUUCACUGAAGGAUGGCUUAUUCAUUCAACUCUGCUCAAACACCAAGAAUUAUGAAGAUGACUUGGGCGAGGUCUGUGACAGUGAUGUGACUGAUGCUAACUUUGAGUGCACUGACACAUUUGCAGGAUUUUUGUCACCAAGCCCCAAUGGCGCCAUAUCAAGAGACAGGACUCCCAGUCCCAAGGCUUAUGAUAAACCGAUCAGUAUCGAUGAUGUGAAGUUAUACUCUACGCCAAGGAAGCUUCUUCGAUCACUUCAGUGCUCAUAUGAUUCUGACUCUGCUAGCCAUGAUGGACAAUCCAUUGCAAAACACAGCAGCUCGUCAUCAUCAGAUGAGGAACUAGCGGAAACAUCUCAAGAGGUGCCAUCUCUGCAUUUGGACAACAAGGCUGUCGAGAUGAAGGAUGAAAAUGAAACCAUUGCUAUGCAGAACAGCAAUGGUAGGAUUGAGAUUCUGUCCAACAAAGAUGAAUCAGGACUGUCCGCUAUUGAGGCUGAGAACACAUCCUACAAGGCAUCCCCUGAAAUUGAACGCAAAGAGGUUGAUGUCUGCGUUACAGGCAGCAGAGGGAAGACCAGGCCAUAUAGGACGAAAUUCACUUUCCUUCUGAGCAUGAUUAUUGUAGUUUUAGCAGUGAUUGCUGUUUUAAUUAGGAUAGAUAGCGAUGAUGAUUCAGUGGGCCUUGUCCCCACUUGAUGUCCAAAGGUAUUAUGCCCAGUUUGUUCAGGUUGUUGUAGUUAUUCGACCACAAUAGCGUGGUUACUGUUCUGAACUGCACUGCAGUCAUUGAUCUAUGUAUGACUGCAAAUAAUUUA